CUGGCGACACAGUCCGCUGUGACCGUCGAAAGGAGUCUGAAAAUUCUUUGUCUGGACAAGGAUGCAACGUUUCGCGUUUGUGUUGGCCGCCCUCGUGGUGGCUGUGACUUGUUUCCCCUCAGAGAUCCCGGCUCCUGGUGAACUAGCUCUGGUUUUCAAUGAGGAAGAUUUUGAGGAUUACCUCGACGCCUGGUUGGAACUAGAAGAACCCAAAUGGGCGAAUGCUUCCCAGGCGCAACCUCGUAGCGGUUGCACAAUUAGGGUGAACGGUGACCUGGGCCAGCCCCAGCCCGUGUACCUGCACAACAACAACUACAUCGUGCCCACCGGCAACACCGGCCAGAUCCACCUGGCUACCGGCGAGCAAGUGCGGGUCGUCUGCACGGGCUCCGGCCGCACCAUCCAGCAUUCUAAUAUUGCCUCCACUGUGUCUGCUGCUACUGCAACAUGUGUGAACGAUGCUUUGGUUUCCGGAUCCGGUUGGUUGAACGGCAACAGUGCCUUCGGAGGCUUGACCUGCUCCGCUCACUCCUUCUACGACGCUGAGGGCACCAGCUCCAGAUGUUUUAACAAUAAUCUAGUCAUCCGAAUUGGCUUCAUCGCCGAAAAUAUUUUCUAUCCCCUAUAUUGGUCAUGCUUUGACCAAAAUAGGUUGGAAGUACUGUACGUGUGGUAUGAGCAAAACCCUCAGAAUGCCGUCCAUCAAACUGGAGUCGACAGGCCUAGCUGGCUAGCUGGUUCCUUCUUCCCUGGCGUGGCCGUGAACACAAUGUAUACACAAGUCCAGCAGAAGGCAACAAUCGCCGGACUAGUUGGCCAGGAGUUGGCUGACAAAUACAUCACGUCUCAACAGUUCCUGGCCCGCGGCCAUCUUGCCGCCAAAACUGACUUCAUCUUCGCCACUGGCCAACGCGCUACAUUCUAUUUCAUCAACGCUGCCCCUCAGUUCCAACCAUUCAAUGCUGGUAACUGGAACUGGCUUGAGCAAAAUCUGCGUGCCCGUAUUGGAGCUGCUGGAUACCACACCACCAUCUACACUGGGACUUUCGGUGUGAGUCAGCUGCGGGACCAGAACAACCAGCUGGUAGACAUCUUCCUACACCGGGACGCAAACAACAACCCGCAACUCCCAGUCCCGUUGUAUUACUACAAGGUUGUAUACGACGCUUCACGUCGCCUCGGCACGGCUUUCGUGAGCAUCAACAACCCGUACUACACGGAGAAUGAAGUGCGCGCGUUGACGUUCUGCCAGGACCGAUGCCGCAACAACAACGCCUUUAACUGGCUGAACUGGCAGCCCGACCGCAUCGACAUUGGCUACAGCUUCUGCUGCACCGUCGCCGACUUCAGAAACGUCGUACCGCAUCUCCCGGCCUUUGACGUCAUUGGUCUAUUGACGUAGUACCUAUUAAGUAUUAUAAUGAUCACACUAAUAAAUUAUCACAAAAUAUAA